AUGUCGGCGAUGCCCGACCACAGGAACAGCCUCCCCGUCAGGCUCAAGCUGCGGCUGCGCGCCCACGACUCGACGUACACCAUCUUAAGGCGGUUCUGCGGCAUGACGUACAAGAUCUUGAGCAGGUGCGCGACCAGGCAGACGAUGAACCCCGUGGCGGGCCCGUUGGUGAUGAUCACGUGCGGGUACUUGAACUGGUUGCCGUGGCGGGUGGUGGGGCGGGCGUCGGGCUCGCGCGCAGGUGAAGGGCGCCGUCCAGAGAGGCUGGUGAACCUUACGCGCACGGGGGACGCGGAAGGCGUCCAUGGUGCCGGCGCGGGCGUCGGGGAAGCAGCGCUGAAUGAGGGCCUCGAGCUGGGCGACGCGGUUGAGCGAGUCCGUGUCGCCGGUCGUGACGAGGUAGCGCCGGUGGAGGUUGGCUUGGGGCGCGAACUUGCGCCGGAUGGUCUCGAGCAUCUCGGUCGUAUGACCGCCCGAGCCGAGAAUGUAAAGGAAGUAGACAGCCGGGAGGCUGGCCGUGUUGGGAGUCGACGGGUCGCGGCGGGUAAUCCAACGGCGGCCGGUCUGCGGCCGAGGAUGCUCGUGCUUGAGCUAUUGAGACGAGAAAGACGGCGGACUUACGACAACGAAAGUUUGUGGGUGAAAGUUCGCAGCAAGCCGCAGCCGCCGCGAUCGGUGUUUUUCUGCUGGCCCACCGUGUCGUUGCCUGUGCCUUUAUGCGGGUCCAUGGCCGCCUGCGGCUUGUAUGAGAGGAGUGCUGCUCAAGCCGCAGCGUACUUAACCAUAAAAAGAGUGAGGGUGCUCGAGUUGAGGGAAGAGGAAGUUGUCAACAAUGCCAGUUAUGCACAUAACAUUGUCGCUUUGCCCAUUGUGCUGUCGGUCUGCAAUGCUCGCUCCCUUUGCAACACAAGCAAGAUGCCGCGACUCUACCGCAGUUCCUAUCUGACGUGUUUCUACUGCGGCCGCAAGAACUCGACUCUCUACAAUGCCGAGAUCCGACGCUUCGACUGUCCCUUUUGCGAUGCCACCAACUAUCUAGACGAGCUAGGUAUGCUGACAGCCAAGAACGGCGACAUCACCGAUCCACCUGUCGCGACCGACAAAGAAGCCACCCCCCGGCAAUACGCCGUCCCGCAGGCAUUCUCUCCGCCCUCGAGUCCGACCAGCGACCCCAUCUUUUGUGCAACCUGCCUCAAGAAUCAGCACCUGCUGAGCGCGUCGCUUGCGCAGUACCUGCCCGACCCGGACGACCCGGACUACACCGAGCGCGAGAAGGGCCUCUACCGCUUUCGCAAGAACCAGGAGCGCCUCUACCCGCAGAUAUGCGCCGAGUGCGAGCCGAAGGUGCGCCAACGUCUCGAGCAGGCGGCGUACACGGCCAAGACGGACCUGCUGCGGCGCAUGCUUGAUCGCAGCGCGAGCAGGAGCAAGAGCAUUAAGACCCUGGGUUGGCUGGAGAGGGCCGACACGGCGGGCAGGUGGUUGUGGAUCGCUGGCUUUGUGCUGCAGCUGGCCUGGCACGCGGUGGUGGUACACGGUUUGCUUUCGCAGUAUUUCGUGUGGCUCGAGGCCGACGAGAGUCUGUUAACUUUCCGGUUGCUCAGGGUCUGCGGGCCCUUCGUUGCCCAUCUUCCGUCUGCGGUUCGGCUGCUGAGAUGGAGCAUUCUUGCAAGUAUCUUAGGUGUGUGGUGGAAUCCACGGUUCGCCCAAAUAUUUAGGGGCUUCACCCGACACAUCAGCGGAGUUGCCAGAUGGUAUUUGUUCCAAGCCAUGGCCGUCGCCCUCCGCAUUUUCCUGCAGACCGGCUGGGAUUUAACCUCUCCAAAUCCAUUGCUCUUGAAUAUGCAGACCGCCGGCCAUGCUUUUGUCGCGGCGUUUGCUGCGCUCAUUUUCAUUCUCGCUCCCCGCGCAAUUCAUAUCAACAUGGCCCCCUUAUUCGGCGCCACCUCAACCGACCUUCUCGACGAGAUCUCCCGUUCCCCCACCUCGCCCAACCCCCCAUCCCCAGUCGACCUCUCGCCAUCCGUCCCACGCCGCUCCAACAAGCCGCCCAUGGGCCAUGCCCACACGCAAGCCGCCCAAACCCUAACCGCCCACCUCCAGCAAAUCGACACCCUUCAUCUCCAACAAUCACCCUCACCCUUCAGUUCGACCGCAGGCAUUGGAGGAGGGGGAGGAGACGAAAUGGACUGGUCCCCCACCCCGUUUUCCUCUCCCUUCCCAUUGACCACCACCGCCGCCGCCGCCGCCACGCCAGACGCGAUCGCCCAGCAAUCCAAAUACCGCGCCUUCAACACCCGCGGCCAGCGCGCCACCCAGCCGUUUGGCUCGGCCCCGACCGAGCCGCGCAAGGGGUCUUUCUGGUACCGGGUUCCGCCCGCCCCGACGACGCCUGCCCAGAGGGUGUUCAACCCGCCUAACCGGCCCGGGUUGAGGCUUAGCUCGGUUGAGAAGGCUGCUGGUGGCAGUGGUGUGCGCGGUAGUGAUGCCCCUAGUGGUGGGGUUGUCCGGUUUCGGGGUAGAGAUGGGACCACGCUUGCGAGGGAAGGGGGCUUGGGUGGUGGUUGCGGCGGUAGUGGGGAGGAAGGGGAGAAGAGGCAGGUUUCGUUCGCGGAACCGCGGCUUUUUGCGGAAGUGGUGGUUGGUGGUAGAAAUGCUGGUGGUGCGGGGGAGGGGGGGAGGGGUGACCCACGAAAUGAGUUGUCCGGUAUGAUUGGGGAGGGCCUAAAGUUGGAUGGAGAAGAGGGCAAGGCGAAGGAGGGAGGUGGCUGGUUUACUCGAAGGUUUGCAGCGAGAAAGAAGGCGGCCGGGUGA